AAAUCUUUCUCUAGUUCCACUUGUGAACAUAUGACCAUUAUUGUUCCUUAUAUCAGUGUUAGGGUAUAAAAAACAACUUUCGAUAAAUACAAACAUUUACCUGAACAUGAGGUAAACUUUAUCGAUCGAUGUGUAAAUGAAAGUUGCCAAUGGAUUGGACCACGGAUAAUAUAGCAUUGUUUUAGCACAUUGAUAUUUCAUGAAAAAAUGGGUUCAUUAAACCCUAAUUACCAUCCAAAAAGUCGUAUUCCUUUGACCUUUCCUUGUGCCAUGAGUUUUUGUUUUGUAGAAAUAUAAACUACACGAUUUUGAGUGAUCCUUGAAGUUUUUACAAUGCAUUAAAAACCCACAAACCAUGGAUAAAUAUUUCGUUUUCUAUGAAUUUUUAAGCGUAUUUUAAGAUUUAUCAAUCACCAAACUCACCCGUCAGAAAUCAUGUCAACAAUUAAACUUGGUUGUGACUGUGGUUAUACGGGUGGUUGAUGUUCUUUUUCUUUGUAACAACCACGAAGAGUAUAGAAUUUGUGCAAAACCAACCUCAAAAGGUGGUGAUUUUUUGUUGUUGCAAAUUUCUCGAGAAAAACGAUAAUACAAAAAGAAAAGCUUGCGCUAGUCCCAAACUCGAGAUAGGUUUUUCUACUCCCGUGUGCUCCUUUUCUGGCCGCUGCACCACUAGUAGUCGGUUACAGUGUGCUGUCUGUACACUGUAAAGUACCCAAAAUUAAACUUAUAUUUGUAUCGAUUCUGUAGGUUUGAUUUGGUGUCACAGGUCCCAAAAACUCACCCCGACUGCCGGGAUCAUGGAUCCCUGGUUUUAGAUUGUUCUACCCAAGUUGGUUCUACUUCUGCCAAAGAUUCCCACCCUACAUAGAUCCUAUCCCGUAGCCUAGCGGUCAAUGCUGCGACGGGACGUCGAGACAGGCAGUGAUACCAUAGCUGUGCCACCGAGCAAGACGCGGCAACGCUCGGCCGGCGUGCACCACGCCGACGAGGCGCCGCCGGCGUGCAUAAAGCGUCCGAUGAAAGGGCUCUACCGUAGGCCCAGGCAGUGGGGAUGCGCGGGCAACGCCAUGCUCCUCGCCUUCAUCAUCACCGUGCCGUCCAUGGUCGUCUUCUUCGGCGCGCGCACCAGCGCGCCGGUGGUUUGGAUCAACGCCGCCGACGCCUUACGCCUAGGAUCGGCAGCACCGGCGCACGACAGGCUUCUCGGCGGCCUCCUGGCCGACGGCGUCGACGAGAUAUCUUGCCACAGCAGGUACCAGUCCGCCUCGUACCGCCGGAGGGCCGGCAGGCAACCCUCCCGGUACCUCGUGUCCAAGCUGCGGCGCCACGAGGCCCUGCAAAGACGCUGCGGCCCGGGCACCGCCGCCUACAGCCACGCCCAGGAGCAACUCAGGUCGGGGAAGAGGAGCCACGCCGGCGCCGGGUCGCCGGCGUGCAAGUACCUGGUCUCCAUAUCGUACCGCGGCCUCGGCAACCGGAUCCUGGCCGCGGCGUCGGCGUUCCUGUACGCGGUGCUCACCGACCGCGUGCUCCUCGUCGACCCCAGCAACGAGAUGGACGAGCUGUUCUGCGAGCCCUUCCCCGGCACGACGUGGGUGCUGCCGCCGGACUUCCCGCUGACGAGCUACACCAACUUCAGCAUCGCGACGGCCGAGAGCCACGCGAACAUGGUGAGGAACAAGGUGAUCAGCACCGCCGACGUCGUGCAGGAGCUGCCGGCGUUCGCGUACAUUCAUCUCGACCACGACGCCACCGGGCAGGACAAGCAGUUCUACUGCGACGAGGACCAGAGGGUACUCCGGGACAUCCAGUGGCUGGUGAUGAGGACGGACAGCUACAUCGUGCCGGGCCUGUUCCUGGUCAUGGCCUUCCAGGAGGAGCUCGCCAUGCUCUUCCCGGAGCCGGACACCGUGUUCCACCACCUCGGCCGGUACCUGUUCCACCCCAACAACCACGUCUGGGGCCUCGUCGCGCGCUACCACGACGCAUACCUCGCGGCGGCGCACCAGAAAGUCGGCAUCCAGGUGCGCGUCUUCGGCCGUGAACCCAACUCGCCGGAGCUCCUGGAGCAGAUCACCACGUGCGCGCAGAAGGAGGGCCUGCUUCCGGAGCUGCACACCGCGGGACCGCCCGCCGCCAUCACGCCGCCGCCGGCGCCUCCCCGGAGGUCCAAGGCCGUCCUCGUGACCUCCCUGAAGGGAUGGUACUACGACCAGCUGAAGAGCAUGUACUGGGAGCACGCGACGGUGACCGGCGAGGCGGUGGGCGUGCACCAGCCGAGCCACGAGGAGUACCAGCACUUCGGCGCCAAGUCGCACGACACCAAGGCGUGGGCGGAGAUAUACCUGCUCAGCCUCACCGACGUGCUGGUGACCAGCAGCUCAUCGACGUUCGGGUACGUGGCGCAGGGCCUCGGUGGCCUGACGCCGUGGGUGAUGUUCAAGCCGGACAACGGCUCCGUGGUGCCGAACCCGCCGUGCGGCCGGGACGUGUCCAUGGAGCCGUGCUUCCACGCGCCGGCGUUCUACGACUGCAGGAUCAAGGAGGGGGCCGACCCCAGCAAGAUUCUGCCGCAGGUCAAGCAUUGCAAGGACGUGGGCUGGGGCUUGAAGCUUGUUGUUCCCUCCAAUACAUAGUCUCACUCUCUAUACUUUUGCCGGCAUCAGCAUUGCCGUGCUCUUAGAAAAAUUGCCAUGGUACACUAAAAAUUGCCGUGCUCUCUAAAACAAAAAGGACAGGACGCCGGUGCGCUGGCCCGCACACUCGCGUCGGUGGCAGCACAACCGUCAAAUUAGGGAUCCUUUAACCGUCAUAUCUCAUCUC